UUCAUUACUCAUUUCAUUUGGUUCCCAAAUCAAACCCCUAUCACUCACAAACGACCCUACGCAGGCGCUGGCAGUCGCACAUCGCCCUCCCUCCUCCGUUGUCGGCCGUUCUUGUCGUCUUCGUUCCUCCCUCCUCCUCCUCCUCCUCCUCCGUCGGCCGUUCCCCUCGCCCUCGGUCCCUCCUUGCAACAGCUUGCGAGUGAGUUCCAGCACCUUCGUCCAGCCAGCGGCAGCGAGUUCUUUCGAGACUUCCCGCGUUCCUUCGAGGAUGUGGAGGUCGGCGUUUGCAAGACAAGCUUUUCGGAACUUCAAUGCUUCCCGAAUCCGAAUCCCUAAGGUGACGGCUGUUCAUUCUAGCUUAGUAGAUAUAGUCCAAUCUUCUCACUUAUCUGCAUGGAAUUUUCCGCAAAUAUCCUGUCUCUGCGAGAGCCCUCGAUUCUUUUCCCAGCAUUCAGCUGAACACUCUCAUUUUGAAUCGCAAGUUACUGAUUCUACCAAGGAGGAUUUUAGUCAUGAAGUUCCAGUGCAUUCUUCUGGGGGUGUUGAUGAAUAUGAUGGUGCUCAGAUGGGCAAUGAUGCCCCAUCGGAUAAUGGGCCUCAUGAAGAGUCUCUUGAAGAAACUGGGGGUGCGCAGAUGGAUGAUUCUGCUUCUGGUUUUGGCCAGGAGAGCGAAGACGAGGGGAAAGAAGAGGUUUACGAGAUCGAUCUGGAGAAGUUGGAGAAUGUGUUGUCUCUUCUUCAAAGUAGUCCUGAUGGGUCCUUGGAGUCGUCUCUCAAUGACCUGGGUUUAAUUCUACAUGAAGAGUUCAUGAUCAAAGUACUUCAAACCCCUCUAGUUGCUGGUGACAAUCUUAUCAGAUUCUUCAGGUGGGCUUGGAAAGACAAAUCUUUUAAGGUCACCACCGCUGUUGUAGAAUCUCUUGUUUUGGCUGUAUGCAGUGUUCUCAGGAAGAAAGAGAUAUACGCCCUGUGGGAUUUAAUUAAGGAUAUCAACGAGAAAGAGAAUGGAGUGCUGAAGGUGGAGAUUCUUAAUGAAUUGUUAGCUUCCUUCUCAAAAUUGGGCAAAGGAAAAGCUGCAUUUGAUGUCUUCAAUAAUUUUGAGGAACUAGGGUGUGUGCCAAACGCAGACACCUAUUACUUUACAAUUGAAGCUCUUUGCAGGCGAUCUUUCUUUGAUUGGGCUUGGUCUGUGUGUCAAAAGAUGCUUGAUAUUGAAAGCGUGCCUGCUGGUGAGCAAGUUGGUAAGAUUAUAUCUUGGUUUUGCAAGGGGAAAAACGCUAAAGCUGCCCAUGCAGUUUAUGUGGUAGCAAGAGAGAAAAAGCAGCAUAUACCAACAUCUUCUAUUAACUUUUUGAUCGGUCAACUUAGUCAAGAUAAUGAAACUGUACAAUUAGCUUUGGAGAUGUUAGAGGAUAUUGUUGAAGAUAAGAAACAUACAAUAAAGCCAUAUUCAGCUGUCAUUCAGGCCUUAUGCAGAAUCAAAGAUGUUGGUGCAGCCAAGCAAUUGGUCUUAAAAAUGAUUGCAGAUGGCCCACCUCCUGGGAAUGCUGUCUUCAAUUAUGUUAUUACAGGAUAUUCCAAAAUUGGGGAAAUGGAACAGGCAUUGGAGAUGAUGAAACUUAUGGAAACUAGAGGCUUAAGACCAGAUGUAUAUACUUAUACUGUUGUUAUAAGUGCCUACGCAAAUGGUGGCGAGAUGGAACAGGCUCAGAAAGUCUUCACAGAAGCUAAAAAGAAAUAUUCUGAGUUGAGCCCUGUAACUUACCAUACUCUAAUACGGGGAUAUUGCAAGCUAGAACAGUUUGACAAGGCUUUGGAAUUAUUGGCAGAGAUGAAGGACUUUGGUGUCCGACCAACUGUUGAUGAAUAUGAGAAGUUGAUCCAGUCUCUGUGCCUGAAGGCUUUGGAUUGGCAAAUGGCGGAGAAGCUCCUAGAGGAAAUGAAAGAGAAUGGCUUGUAUCUCAAGGGUAUCACUAGGGCCCUAAUUAGAGCAGUGAAGGAAAUGGAGCAAGAGGUUGUCGAGACCGAGAAAGUUAGUUUAGCGGCUUAACCUGCCUUCUGGCAUGAACUUAAUUCUGAAAGGCCUCAGGCUUGAAUUUCUUUUCUAAUUUUUGCAGCAUUCUGAUACCUAGUUACUGUUUAAUUGCUCUUUUGAUCUCAAGGCAAAAUUAUUUGUAGGAAGUCAACUUAAGCUUCGAUGGUUGUAAUGUGAGGUCCAGAGUGCAGAUGAUAAUAAUUAUCCAGAGAACGUGGAACCAAAACUGAUAUUUAUUCUGAGAUUCUGGAAUUAUUGUUUUGGAUAAUGAGCAAGGUUUCUAUGCAGAAAAUAUGAGAGCGCUUUGUGAUGUUGGAAAUUCAACAAAGAAAGGGUCUAAUGCUGGAUACAUUGGACAGAAAGGCAUUGGUUCCAAGUCUGUUUUCCGAGUUUGCUAAAGAAUGUUUGUUUGAUUUUAUUGAAUUAGUCUAAAAAUUAUUAUGAUUCAAAUAAGAAUGCUGAGAAACCGAAGUAUCCAGAAAGACAUUUAGACACUGCUGAAGGUGAUGGAUGCUCCAGAGAUUCACUCUAAUGGAUAUCAUGUCAAGUUGGACAUCAGUGAAGGCCAGAUUGGAUUUGUUUUGCCUACAGUAGCGCGCAAGCUAUUGACCUUUCAGUAGGAUGGCAUCUACUGAUAUUGAUUCAUUUGAUGCUAAUCCUUGGAAAGCAGGCGUUGUACUUCCAUUCAGGUCUCAUCUGUCUGAAGGAAGUAUCAUGAAUCAUCAAUAGCAUUAUGUUCCUAAAUACUGCUUGUACUGUUGUACAUUAGAACCAUGCUUGGUGUGUUAUUUUGUUUACAUGUUUGGUAUUUCAUUUCUAUAGGAUUGAUGUUCAAAUUUUGAAUUCAUACAUAUUGUUAAUGCUUCAUCCUCAAGCAAGGUAUUAAAAAUCA